UUACGCCGACGUUGUUGGGGGCGUAGAGGGAGGGGCGACUUUAAUGGCGCAUCGCAGUCCGACCGAUCCAGCUCUCCACAAAUAAACAACAGCAGUUCUUCACUAUCUGGCCUAAUUUCUACUUUUUCCAGUUCCACCGCGCUGCAGGCGCGCUUUGCGCUUUUGCUCAUUGAGCAGAUCGGCUGGGCUUUUUUUUAGCGGCUGCUUGGAGCACAAGAGGCCCAGAGGAAAGACGGAGGAUCGAUAAUAUGUAACAAACGUCAACAUGACGUCCAGAUUUAGUAAAACAUACACCCGGAAGGGAGGAGAGGCCAGCUCGAAGUUUGAUGAGGUGUUUUCUAACAGGAAGGCUACGCUUAGCACCAAAUGGGGAGAGACCACCUAUAAGGCACAGUUGGGGGUCAAACGGCCCUCGUUCAAGCCAGAGGUUCCCGAGCUGACUAAACGACCCCGCUUUGACGAUGACGACAGCUCAGAGGACCCAUUUGGCUUUGACAGCGACGAUGAGUCCAAAACAGUCACUUCCAGAGGUACUCCUCAAUCUGAGAUAGGCUCAGAUGCAGCGGAAUCUGGGAAUGAGCUGUUAAAGACUCAGACAGAAAACCCCAGUGGGGGCACAGCGGUGACCGGAAUGGGUACUUCCUCUUUGGGGAGCAGCUCGAACAUCAGCAGCGCGGUGGUUGGUAUGAAUAGCCCAGCUCAAACGUAUCUCGCCUCACCACAUGUUGCUGGCACUGUAGGAGCCUGGAGCAGAUCCAAUGUCACAGUAAGCAAACCAGUCUCCCAGAUCUCCAGCUUGAAAGUCCACAAUAGAAACGUUUCCGAUGACUGGGACUCUUUCGAGGAGGACUCUCCUCCUGGGGCUGGCGAGGGGAGUUCUACCCAAGCUGGGAACUCUUCUGAUGGGCUCAAGGGCUCAGAGCAGUGCAUCGCUGAACCUGAACCUCCAGUGGAACCUGUUGACUUUGAGCAGCUUCCACUUCUUAAACCAUCCAGCGACAGAGUCUACCGACGACCACGGAAUAAAGGGACAGAUAGCUCUGGAGCCGGCGAUGCGCCGGUUCCUGCUGUGAGUUCAACACCAGCCUCUUCACCGGUGAAGAGCACCAGUGCAGGGGUUGCUGGGAGUUCUGAGGUCAAGCCUGCAGGUCGGGGCCGGGUGAGGGACUACACGGUUCUUCACCCGUCCUGUGUGUCCGUGUGUAAUGUGACCAUACAGGACUCCAUUGAAAGGAGUGUGGAUGAUUUUGUCACCCCAGUGCAAGCUGACAUGGGAGAGGCGGGAACCUUCAGGAGGAAAACAGACGCACAACCUGCCAAGCCUAGCAGGUUCAGACCCACUCAGAGCAAAAGUAAAAAGGAGACAAAACUGGAGUUUUUUGGCUUUGAGGCUCAGGGCACAGAUGGGGACGCCACUGCAUCCGGCAGCACCAGCUACAAGAUCAAAUACUUUGGUUUUGAUGAGCUGAGUGAGAGUGACAGCGAGGAUGAGGACGACUCAGCAGCUAAAGAGAGGAAGAAGAAUAAGAAAGCAGCGAUGGAAGCUUUGGCAACCAGCGUGGGCAGUCCCCAGAUCAACGAUUCACAGGAGAGUCAACAGAGUCAAAGCAGCCUAAGUACAGAUUCUCAGGAGUCACUGGAUGAGACGGGAUCUUCAGGCUCACAGAAGGAACGGCAUGGAAAGCAAACCGACAAGUCAAAGGAGAUCGGACGCAAGAUCUUCAGCGGGCCAAAAAAAUCUCCUGCUAAAGCCGUAUAUAAUGCUCGUCACUGGAAUCAACCUGAGCCAGAGGAAGUGCCCGCUCCUGCUUCCUCUCAUACUGUGGCUGUACCUAAGGCCAGUGUGUCCAGCAGCAGCAGUAGCAGCAGCAGCAGCAAAGACACAAAUUCCCAUAAAGAUGAUGGAGUGUUUAAAGCUCCACCCCCUCCUCCUAAAGUCAUUAAAUCUGUCACUAUUCCCACUGAGCCAUACCAAGACAUUGUCACUGCACUAAAAUGCAGGAAGGAGCACAAAGAGUUGUACACUGUGGUCCAACAUGUGAAGCACUUUAAUGAUGUGGUGGAGUUUGGAGAGAAUCAGGAGUUCACAGAUGACUUUGAGUAUCUGGAGACGGGCCUGAAGAGCACACAACCCCUCAACACACGCUGCCUUAGCAUAAUCAGUCUGGCCACGCGCUGUGCCAUGCCAAGUUUCCGCAUGCACCUGAGAGCCAGAGGGAAGGUGGCCCAGGUCUUUAAGAUGCUCAGUGAUGCUCAACAGCACCCGAAUCUUGCUCUCUGCACAGCGUCUCUGAUGUACAUACUGAGCCGAGACCGGCUGAAUAUGGAUCUGGACCGUUCCUGUCUGGAGCUGAUGAUCAGGCUGCUGGAACUAGAGCAGGACGACUCUGUAGCGGACCAGUUAACAGCUAAAGAGAUGAGCCGAGUUAAAGAGAAGAUCCGCAAACUCUGUGAAACGGUCCACAACAAGCAUCUGGACCUGGAGAACAUCACAACAGGUCACUUAGCAAUGGAAACGCUACUGUCUCUGACGUCGAAGCGAGCCGGAGACUGGUUUAAGGAGGAGCUGCGCUUACUUGGGGGACUGGACCACAUCGUAGAUAAAGUGAAAGAGUGUGUGGAGAACUUGAGUAAAGAAGAAGAUAAAGAGAGUCUGGUGGCAUCACUCUGGGGAGCAGAGCGCUGCUUACGAGUUCUGGAGAGUGUUACAGUCCACAACCCUGAGAACCAGGCGUAUCUGAUCGCCUACAAGGAGUCCCAGCUCAUAGUGUCCUCAGCAAGGGCACUGCAUCAUUGUGAGCAGAUGAUACAGCGUUACAGCCGAGAGGUCUCUUCAUCAAGCUCCGCCCUCCCGCAGAGUAGUCAUAGCAACGUGGGCAAGGCUGUGGAGGAUUGUAUGAGAGCCGUUAUCGGAGUUCUGCUCAACCUCACACAUGAUAAUGAGUGGGGCAGCACUAAAACAGGCGAGCAGGAUGGCCUUAUACUGACGGCUCUAGACUGCGUUCUUAAGGUCCCACGUUAUUUGCCUCAGGAGCAGAGAUUCGACAUCCGUGUCCUGGGUCUGGGUCUGCUGAUAAAUCUGGUGGAGUACAGUGCCAGAAACAGACACUAUCUGGUGGAAAUGGAGCUGGACUUGAGCUACAUGAUGGAGACAGAGGUACACGUGAAGACGGAGAACAACGUGAAGACAGAAGGAGAGGAGGAGAGUAAGACUGUGGAUGAUAAAACAGAGGGAGAGAAGGGACCUAUGACACUAAAGUCAUCGAAUGCCCUGGCUGCUCUGGUUCAGCUCUUCCUUGAACGGGAGCAAGCAGCUGUGGUAGCUGAGGCGCAGACUGAUGAUCUCAUAAGUGAGGCGCCCAAAUCUCAGGCAGACCAGAGCGGAGAGUGGAAGGAAACAUCCGGAGAGAUCCAGUGGGUCGCCUCGGAAAACAACGACAACGAGACAAAUGACAAGAAAGAGGAGGAGGAAGAGGAGCUUGACCUCAAUAAAGCCCUGCAGCAUGCUGGGAAACACAUGGAGGACAGCAUUGUGGCGUCAUACUCAGCUCUUCUACUUGGGUGCCUAUGUCAGGAGAGUCCGAUGAAUGUGAAAACCGUACGGGAAAAUCUUCCUAAGGGAGAUUUCUCUAUCAUGACUGAAAUGCUGAGAAAAUUCCUUAAUUUCAUGAACCUGACGUGUUCUGUUGGAACCACAGGACAGAAAUCUAUCUCACGGGUGAUUGAUUAUUUGGAGCACUGUUAGCAGAGGUGUCGCAGUUCCCCCUCUUCCGUGGGAUAAUCUGGACCUGGCAACGUGCCUUAGGCCCUUCAGGACAAGAGACAGCAGUUCCGGUGGUAAAGAUGGUUAAGCGUCACUACGGUCACGUCGCCUGAGUGACUCACUGCAGAGAGACUUUUGUGGGGGUUUUUUCUUCUUUCUUUUUGCUUGUUUUUACAUUGUCUUUUUCAAAUGCUGUCUUUCUCUCUCAUGCUCUCUCACACACACUCACUCAGCUGUGUGUUUGCAUAAUAUUUGGUUUUUGAAGCACUGAUUUUGAAACGAAUGAUUUUAAGCUAGUUGUCCUUGUUUGUAGUGUAAAGAUUUACACUAAACCAAGUAACUUAUUGAUAUUUCAAACACUGAGAUCUGAGGCUUUGUUCAGUUUUAGGACUGAGUGUUUGCACGAUGUUUGUUCAGACAGUGCAGUCGGCAUCUGCUGUAUUUACAUCAGUAAUGAUGUAAGCUUCAGCACAAUCCCAAAAGAAUUUCUCAUACAAUAACUGAAAGCUGUAGAAACUGGAAACUUUGCUCUUUUCUUGACAUCUCACAUAGUCUAUAAUAGAGGCAUUUUAAGCAUUCACGAAUAUACUGCGCCCAAAACUGGUCUGUUAUGCUCACCAAGGCUGCAUUUAUUUGAUCAAAAAUACAGUAAAACUGUAAUAAUGUGAAAAAUAUUAUAUACAGGUGCUGGUCAUAUAAUUAGAAUAUCGUGAAAAAGUUCAUUUUUUUUAUU